AGCAUCCGUUCGCUUUCUCAAUUCCAUUAUUUGAGCUAUUGCCAGCCACAAACCUCAUCUACCAGAGCACUUCAUUGCUUAUACCUAAGACUCAAGACUCCUUCAGCCAGUAUGUCCUUUUCACGACAAGUCCUCAACAGGAGCUCCAAUUUUCGUGCCUACCUCCGGCCCUUCCCCCGAACCACCAUCCAGCCUUACCAAGCACGUUUCGCAAGCAGUGACUAUGGCAGCGGUGAUGGCGACCCUGCCGGUGAAAAGCCCCAGGAGCAAGGCAAGAGCAAAGCGACACGCGAUCGAGAGCACCCAGGUCCCUCAGCGCCCGACGUCGGGCAGACAAACAAAUCUGCAUCAGGCACGGAGGCUAAGCAAGAUGAUCAGAGAAGCCCGAAUGCCAAUGCAGAAGUCCAGGGCAAGAAGCCAAAGAUCACGCACGAGCCGCAUCCGCAGCAGGACGAGAGUGUCAAGGAGCAUAACGACGAGGUCGAGCGGAGGAAGGAGAGGAUGGGGCAGAGCAAGCAUGCGCAUAACGCCAACGAGUGAAGAGGAGAUGCACUUGCUGUCGGGCUAGGCAGUGUUGAGGUUGCGCUUGGGAGAUGAUUU